AUGGGCGACUAUGUCAAUCCGGUCAACUUCUACCGUCAGCAUAUUGCUGAGCGUGUGGCCCCCCUAGCUGACAAGAAAGAAUCCGAAAUUCUUCCUGUUCUAUCAUGGACCCAGACUCUUGACAAAGGCGAUUUGAUGUUACCAGCUGCAGCACUCCGUAUCAAGGGCAAGAAACCCCAGGAGAUCGCCGAGGAGAUCGCCGAGAAGUUCCCAACCGAUGAGAACACUCUUGUUACAGCCAAGGCGCAAGGUCCCUUUGUCUCGUUCUUCUUCAAGCCGGAAGAUCUCAAGAAGCGAGUAGUCCCUCUCAUUCUUCAGCAGAAGAAUGCCUACGGCGCCGAUUCAUCACCAGGUCUGCAAGACCCUACUGAUCCCUCGAAGGGCAAAAAGAAGAUCAUCGUUGAGUUUUCUUCUCCGAACAUUGCCAAGGAAUUCCAUCAAGGUCACCUACGAAGUACCAUCAUUGGCGGUUUCCUUUCAAAGCUGUUUGUGCUAUCAGGUUGGGAGGUGAUGCGAAUGAACUAUCUUGGAGACUGGGGAAAGCAGUAUGGCCUGCUAGCAAAUGGCUUCAAGAAGUUCGGCAGUGAUGAGCAGUUAGAGAAGGACUCCAUUCAGCACCUGUUCCAAGUCUACGUGAAGAUCAGCAAGAUAAAAGCCGAGCAGGAUGAGCCGAUCAACGCGCUGAAAAAGGAGAUCUUGGAGAAGCGCAAGACUGGGGAGGACGUGUCAGACCUCGAGAAGAAGCUCACACCGCUUGUGGAAGAAAGUGAAGAUGAGGCAGCACGAAAGUACUUCAAGAGCAUGGAAGACAACGACCCGGAGGCGAUCGCACUUUGGAAUAGGUUCCGAGACAUGAGUAUCGACAAGUACAAGAAGACCUAUGAGCGCUUGAACAUUGCCUUCGACGUAUUUUCGGGCGAAUCUCAAGUCAGCAAACAGAAGAUGGAGGAGGUCUUGGAAAACCUCAAGAAGCAGGGUAUUGCAGAAGAAGACCAAGGCGCCACUCUCAUCGACUUUGCGAAGCAUGGCGCAAAGAAGCUCAACAAAGCCAUCAUCAUCCGGAAAGAUGGCACACCACUGUACCUCACUCGGGAUCUGGCGGCGAUUCAUGAACGUUACGAGAAAUACCACUUCGACAAAAUGCUGUAUGUCAUAGCCGACCAACAGAACGAACAUGUUGCGCAGUUGUUCAAGACCACGGAAAUCAGUGGAUACAAGGAGAUUGCAGACAAGUGCGAGCAUGUCAGCUUCGGUAUGGUGAAGGGUAUGAGCACCCGAAAGGGUACUGUCAAAUUCCUGGACGAUGUCAUCGCCGCCGUGAGAGAAGUCAUGUGGGAUGUCAUGCGGAAGAAUGAAAAGAAGUAUCAGCAGCUCGAGGAUCCUGAAUCGGUUGCUGAUAUCUUGGCCAUUUCAGCCAUCAUGGUGCAAGAUCUCAAAGGCAAAGUUCGAAACGGCUAUGACUUCAACAUCGAUCAAAUGACGGCUUUCGAGGGCGACACUGGACCCUAUCUGCAGUACGCCCACGCACGGUUAUGCUCAAUUGAGCGCAAAGUCGGACUGGAUCUCAAUUCGCUGGAGAGUGCGGAUCUAUCCAAGCUUGCCGAAGAACACGCCGUCAACCUCGUCCGAGCUCUGGCACAGUGGCCUGACGUGGUGAACAACACUUUGAAGACCAAAGAGCCCGCAACUGUGCUGACCUACCUCUUCAAGAUGGCGCAUGCUCUGAGCUCCAGCUAUGACCACUUGCAAGUGGUGGGCAGUGAGCCAGAGCUGCAGAAAGCCCGGUUAGCGCUGUACGAAGCCGCAAGACAGGUGUUGUGGAAUGGCAUGACGCUACUCGGUUUGUCGCCCGUGGAGCGCAUGUAG